AUGAUAUCCAAUAAAUGUGGCACCACAAGCCAGGACGAACACCCCGACCCGCCGGACGUCCUCCAAGCCAAGAUCAAGACCCUCGCGCGGCUCGUAAAGCAGAGCCACAGCGCGGUCGUGUUCACCGGCGCGGGUAUAUCCACCAGCGCAGGCAUCCCGGACUUCCGCGGCCCCCAAGGCCUCUGGACCCUCCAAUCCCAAGGCGUAAAAUCACCCCUCCCACUCCUCCACGUAUCCCCCACCCCAACGCUAUCGCACAUGGCCAUCGCGCGCCUCAUAAAGCUCGGCAAGCUCAGCUGCGUUGUAUCCCAGAAUAUAGACGGGCUGCACGGCCGCUCCGGGAUCCCGAGUGCGAGGCUCGCGGAGGUGCAUGGGAGUGUGGGUGUUGAUGUUUGUACAGGAUGUGAGAAGAGGUACCAGAACACCGGAAUAGACGCUGCGAGACUCAUCGAGCUUUUAUCCUGCGCUCUGGAUCCACCGGGUCCAUCAAAUCUUGAGACAGAGAGAAGCUGCACGGCGUGCGGCGGUCGGCUCAGAUCCAGCGUCGUAGCCUUCGGCGACGCCCUCCCAGCCGCCGAGCUCGCCAAGGCCUCGCGGUUCACCGCUCAGGCGGAUUUGGGUAUCGUCCUAGGCUCCUCCCUCCGUGUCGCCCCCUUCACCACCCUCCCCCGCUCGCUCGCGCGCGCGCGCAGGCCGCUGGUAAUCGUCAACAUGCAGCGCACGCCCCUGGACGUCGUCGCGGCGCUCAGGAUCGGGGGAAGUACAGACGAGGUGAUGGAGGGCGUGAUGAGGGAGCUGGGGGAGGAAGUACCGGAGUGGGGCGCGUAG